CUUCUGGAAAGGUGGAGGCUCAGUUCAUGGUGUGACUCCUGGUGGAUCAGAUCAUAUCGAUGGUGAUCUCGAGUUGUCGUGUUCCAUGGAAACGUGUAAUUGGUGUUAGUUUUUCUCCUCGUUAAUUGGAUUUUGAGGCUCAACUUGUGCAAAUCAUUUCAACGACAAGACCUAUCAGAAUCCAAGCUGGGAUUGCCAUCGGCCUUUUUUCCGGUCUUUCGACGAAACACUGUCCUGUACUGUCCACACUGUCCACUGUAGCAAUUGGUACCUUGGGACCUCUCGGAAGACGGAUUACAUUCUUCCUUGAAAGCAGCCAAAAUUGGCCGUGCUCCGUUCUGAUUCUGUGGGAUCAGGCAGUGGUGCAUUCUGUUUGGCUCCCGGUUCACGAAAGGAAAAUAUUGCGGAGAGCAUUUCUGGAACACAACUCAUCAUUCUCUGUGAUUGUCGAGGUUCCUCAUUUUCGUCCUGUCGGUCGGUGUUCUCAGGUGGUAGGAGACAUUGUUCAGUGUCAUUUCCUAUCAGAAAGAUAGACAAGGCCAAGCAUCCAUUCGGUCUAACGUCAAACUAAGUCGACACUAUUCCCCGAAGCGAUUUCAGCUCUUCCCAGUGUCGUCCUCCAUAUCCACAUGAGUUCCUCUGGCCAUAUGUGCAUCUUAUAUGCUUUAUAGAACAACUUGCUUUCCUCGCCCCCAAACAAUCGAGGACGUCGACGGAAUAAGAAGACAAACGUUGAAGACAUGGCUGAUCUGGAACACAUUUGAACGCUGCUGAGAGCACAGAGGUCUUUCAGUCUUGUUCGUACCCAUCAACAGAUACCCUUUCCCCAUAAUAAACGAUGAUGACUGCCGUGCCCGGAGGCUACGUGCCGAUUACAGCCUUGACUCCCCAAUUCUCGACGGCCAGUUACGUGAACAACCCAGGUGCAUUGUUCAGCCAUCAGGCUUUGAUGAUGCCACAACAACAAGCCCCAAUGUCCAACAUGAACACCAUGGUCCAGCAACAGAAUCCGGGACCCACGGGUCUCGACCAACCCGGAUCCAAUUGUGUGGUCAGUUCGGCCAGUCAAGUGAUCGAGCGUCCCAGUCCGUCCCGCUCAGCCUCUUCGUCCAGUCCAGCCAUGUCGGCCGGGAAUGAGCCACAAACUCUGGCGGAUGACGAGAAGUACAUCAAAGAGCUCCAAGCGGAGAAGGACUCCAUGGAGGCCUGUGGAAGUGAAUUCAAGCAUCAUGUCUUAAAGCUCCUCGAUCAAGAGUGUCAUUUCGAGUUUGGCCAACGGCUCGACUUCCACCACUUCCAGCCUUCUCCAUCUUCCCUCCAAUCCCUCCACCAUGGUUGUGGACUCGUGGCAGCAACAGAGUCUCAAAGCGGCCUCCUCGGCCGCAUUGGAUCGCUCCAAGAUCCGCCAACAGGCCGCGCCCUAUCUUCGUCCAAACUGAAUCGAAUUGAAAGAUCAAGAUCAACAACAGCAGCAGCUGCAGCAGCAGCAGUUUUUGAAUGAAUUCGCACCUUGGACAUUCCAUGAUGAUUUGGCUGCAGGUCCCAAGUAUUUGAGUGGAAGAAAUAUAGGUUAAUCCCCACCGCAGCCACAACCACGGCCACUAUCACCAUUAUUUUUAUUGACGAUACGAGAAUUACUGUUAUGAUUACUCUCCUCUAUUACCUAUGAAAGAAAGCUUUAAGUUGACGUCUCAAAAAUCUCCAAAGUUCAAGCAUCUCAUGUGAUAUGUAUCCGUGGCUUCUAUGUCGUUGAGAUAAGUUUCUGACCGGCUUACUUCGUCAAGUGUUCAUUUGCCCAUAGACCAACUUUACCACCACCCAUCAAACAAAGACCACAAGGCCUUUUCUUCGUUACUUUCGCAAAAAAAAUAAUCCGAAAAUUUGCCACCAUCAUUAACGCGUUUAGUUAUUCUAGUCUGUUUUGUUACUUACGCAUUGUUCGUAGUGGUUGCUUGCUAUUGUUCUUUUCCAUGAUAAUCAUUUCGUCCAGUCUGAUAUAAUUGAGUCCUACCUUCAAGGGACGCUUGAGUCAGCGCUCCUUCCCUCCAUCAUCAAACACUUCUACUCUCACUUCUCACUUUUAUUUUAAAAAAAUUAAAAAAGUAAAGACAAACACACACACACAGAUACGAACUGCACAAAGCCCGUAAAAGACCUUCCAGUCACCCAUGCUAAAUAAAUUGAUGGAAUAGUUCUCCUAACUUGAUGCUGAACACAUGCUGUGGCAUGUUCUCUCACAACUGUUGAGCAUAUACGUACGUAUAACUAUACCUAAAAGUCUAUCUAUAAAACAAAGAAACACACAAAAAAAGAAUUGGUGUAUUGAGUUGGUUUCGAUGUUCUAUUCCAAAUUGAGACAAAUAAAGUUGCUAACAACA